UCCCCCGUGGUUCAGUUAAACUGUAAAGUGAGCAUUCGGACACCUCGGGCCUCAUCUUAGUUCUGAGCCUACAGGCUGAAUAUGGAAGCCCCUGAAAAGAACAUCAUGCACGAACGCGAGCUUGCAGCUCGCCAUUCCCGGCGGCCCACGCCCACGCUCAGCAGCAGUCUCAGGAGCCCCCGCUCCGCCCUCUCUUCCUGGUUUUCCCCGGCAACCCGCCCCUCUGGCACCACGUGACACGGCGCCGGCCGGACCGAGCCUCUGAUUGGCCGGGUCUCAGGGCGCCUCGCGAUUGGCCCCGGGCGGCGGGCCCCCGCCUCCCUCCUCCUCCUCGCCGCGGCCCACGUGAGGGGGGCGAGUCACGCGAUUUCCGGGAACCCGUCAGGAAGGACAUAAACAAAACAAACCCGAGGCAGCAUGGAGAGGGGCCGCGGCUGCGGUAGCGCGGCCGAACCCAGCGCCUGAGCCACCCUCAGCCUCAGAACUACAAAAUUAUUUUUUUAAAAAAGUGGUGACCCAAGCAGUUGAACUGAAGGCAUUCUGGGAAAACCUGCUGUUUAUUGUGAAAAUCAUCUUUGAUCUUGGAAUUAAAAGUAAAGCUGGAAAGGAAUUUACAAACAAGAAAAAGAAGAAGUUUGGAAUUGAACUCACAAGAUCUGGGCUUGGAAAUGCCUCAGCCCAGCGUAAGCGGAAUGGACCCGCCUUUUGGGGAUGCCUUUCGAAGCCACACCUUUUCAGAACAGACUCUGAUGAGCACAGAUCUCUUAGCCAACAGUUCUGAUCCAGAUUUCAUGUAUGAGCUGGAUAGAGAGAUGAACUAUCAACAGAAUCCUAGAGACAACUUCCUUUCUUUGGAAGACUGCAAAGACAUUGAAAAUCUGGAGUCUUUCACAGAUGUCCUGGAUAAUGAGGAUGCUUUAACCUCAAACUGGGAACAGUGGGAUACAUACUGUGAAGACUUAACUAAGUACACCAAACUAACCAGCUGUGACAUCUGGGGGACAAAAGAAGUGGAUUACCUGGGUCUUGAUGACUUUUCUAGCCCUUACCAAGAUGAAGAGGUCAUAAGUAAAACUCCAACCUUGGCCCAGCUUAAUAGUGAGGACUCUCAGUCUGUUUCUGAUUCCCUUUAUUAUCCUGAUUCACUCUUCAGUGUCAAACAAAAUCCCUUGCCCCCUUCAUUCCCUAGUAAAAAGAUCACAAGUAGAGCAGCUGCCCCUGUGUGUUCUUCAAAGACACUUCAGGCUGAGGUCCCAUCGUCAGACUGUGUCCAAAAAGCAAGUAAACCUACUUCAAGCACACAGAUCAUGGUGAAGACCAACAUGUAUCAUAAUGAAAAGGUGAAUUUUCAUGUUGAAUGUAAAGACUAUGUAAAAAAAGCAAAGGUCAAGAUCAACCCUGUACAACAGGGCCGGCCCUUGCUGAGCCAGGCACAGACAGAUGCAGCCAAGGAGAACACCUGCUACUGUGGAGCUGUGGCUAAGAGACAGGAGAGAAGGGGAAUGGAGCCUCGUCAGGGGCAUGGCACACCUGCUUUGCCUUUCAGAGAAACCCAGGAACUAUUACUUAGUCCUCUGCCCCAGGGUGGUCCUGGGUCAGUUGCCACAACAGAGAGUGGCAACCUUUCUGCCAGCACUUCUGUUUCAGAUUCAUCCCAGAAAAAAGAAGAGCACAAUUAUUCUCUUUUUGUCUCUGACGACAUGAGAGAACACCCGACCAAAUGCAGUCCUGAAGACGAUGAGGAUGAUGAAGAUGAUAUUGAUGAUGAAGACCAUGAUGAAGGGUUUGGCAGUGAGCAUGAGCUUUCUGAAAAUGAUGAGGAGGAAGAAGAAGAAGAGGAUUAUGAGGAUGACAGAGAUGAUGAUAUUAGCGACACAUUCUCUGAACCAGGCUAUGAAAACGACUCUGUAGAGGACUUGAAGGAGAUGGCUUCCGUAUCUUCUCGGAAGAGAGGGAAAAGAAGAUACUUCUGGGAGUACAGUGAACAACUUACACCAUCACAGCAAGAGAGGAUUCUGAGGCCAUCUGAGUGGAACCGAGACACCUUGCCAAGUAAUAUGUACCAGAAAAAUGGCUUACAUCAUGGGAAAUAUGCAGUUAAGAAGUCACGGAGAACUGAUGUGGAAGACCUGACUCCAAACCCUAAAAAACUACUCCAGAUUGGUAAUGAAUUACGAAAGCUGAAUAAAGUGAUUAGUGACCUGACUCCAGUCAGUGAGCUUCCCUUAACAGCCCGGCCAAGGUCAAGGAAAGAAAAAAAUAAGCUGGCUUCCAGAGCUUGCAGGCUAAAGAAGAAAGCCCAGUACGAAGCUAAUAAAGUGAAGUUGUGGGGCCUCAACACUGAAUAUGACAACUUAUUGUUUGUAAUCAACUCCAUCAAACAAGACAUUGUAAACCGAGUUCAGAAUCCAAGAGAAGAGAGAGGACCCAGCAUGGGGCAGAAACUUGAAAUCCUUAUUAAAGACACACUCGGUCUCCCAGUCGCUGGGCAAACCUCAGAAUUUGUUAACCAAGUGUUAGGGAAGACUGCUGAAGGCAACCCCACUGGAGGCCUUGUAGGACUAAGGAUACCAGCAUCAAAAGUGUAAUCAGCCUCAUUGGACCACUGGUCAGAAAUGUCUGUUUUUGUCACGUUAUCCGUUGUAAAUUUUCAUUCUGUUUUGCAUGUCAAUUAGCAUUAUGUAAACAUUUAUAAUUAGGUUACAUUGUUUUAAGAACUUGUAGCAUAAGUGAAGCAUGAUCCAAAAUACUUGAUUAUUGCAUUUUCAGAGCAUAAACCAGUGACCCUGCUGCUGGCAUUGGAAAGGAAGCUCACAUGUUAAGUAAAUGUGAGGUACAGAUUGUAAACAUCUAUUAAAGCAAAACGUUUUGGGAGAAUGAAUAUAUGAGUAUAAUGCUAAGUAUUAAGGCGGGUUUAUGCUCUGAACCACACAGAAAUACCGAGGAAGCAUUUUUUCCAAGUCCAUUUAGAUUGUUUUUAGAAUGACUGCUUUUUUGUUCUAAUUUCUCACAGCCAUUAAUCUCACUUGUACAUGGCGCACCUAGUACUCAUGUGUGUACCAUGUUUAGAUGUUUAUUUUUAGAGCUCAAUAUGAUAUAUAUAAAUACAUAUAUAUAUAAAAAUUGUCUGUGCAAGUAAGAAAAAAGCAUAUUCUUUGUGCCUUGUAUUUUGGGGAAACUCUAAAACUGGUAAUAUUUUGUAUGAUGAAAACCCUAAUGAGGAAAAACAAGAUAUAUAGAUGAGAAAAUUAUGGGGUUUAAAUGUCUUUUUGUUCCAACUCUUUUUCAGAUUUUUUGAAUGUAUAUAGGACUAUGUUGAAAUGUAGAUAUAUGCCACAGAGUCUGUGUAUUGUAUAAAAAACAAAAACAAAAAACAAACAAAAAAAGAUGGCUCUAGAAAACUCCUAUUUCGGUACUUGACCGGAAGAAAAUACUUGCACAUUAUUGCGAUUGUUUUAUUUUUUCUACCAAAGACAAAUGCAACUGGUAUGGCAGACUGCCAGUCUAAGUAAAGUUUUGCACAGCUUACAUGAUACUGUAUGAAUGUAUAAAAAAAAAAAGAGAAAACAUUUAAAAGGUCAGGGUUAGGGAUCUUACUCAACUGUGAAUUUUAUUUCUGUUUGGGUCCAAUUAUCUACAGAAGGAGCAUCCGUACAUACAAAUAUUAUUUUGCUGUUCCUCUAGUUUGCUUCCAUGGUAGAUAAGUUGGUGGCCAUUUAGGUGUCUUUUAUUUCUGCACUUAUUGUAGGAAAUUUUAAUAUAUUUCAUAUUAGUAAACUAUUGAUAAAAUAGUUUUUGACUUUGAAAAUUAAAGUUUAUUUAGCUUAUUGUAGUAUACUUCCACCAAACAACCAAAAUACAGAUUAUUUUUAUUGUAUUAUGUAUAUAUAUAUAAAAAGAAAAAAGCUAAAAAUAUCUAAUACUUUAGUUGCCACUUUUCCAAUUGAUGUAUUAUUGUGCAUGUAAUAUUUUCAAAGAUCAACACAAGCUUAAAACAAAUUUAUAAAUUUUUAUAUUUUUGUACAGGUAUUUUCUUCAGACUUACAUGUGACUUAUCUUCUGUAGUUUCUAGACUUGAGAAACAUGAACACGUUUAGUUUUAGGUGCUCUUCUUUGCUCACAUAAGCGGCUGUAUUAGUCAGUUUUUAACUGUGCUCAAGCUUUACCUCUUGGUGAGAAACUCCUAUGUCAAGGCAGCGCUAUAACCUCCCACAGGUCCUGCCAUCUGUCUUUCUUGAUGGUUUUAUCUCAAAUCUUGUUUGGAACUAUGAAAACUGGUGGCUUAAAAAGUAAAAGCAAGCAUAUCUAGAAGAAAAACCUGAAAUUGCAGACAUAGUUGCUGUUUCUCCAUUACCCAUUGAUAGAACUAAAGUAGUUGUCCUCGGUCCUCACAGUAGUUUCUUUUCCUUUCUCUUCCUCUCCCCAUUUGUAAGCUAUAGCACAUGAAGGUUCAAUUCUAGAACACAGUAACAAUCCAAAAAUGUGUCUUACUUGCCUCUUUGACAUCAUGAAGCAUAAGAAUCCAAGAAUUGUCUUGACAUGUUAGCUGAACUGUGACAAGGCUCCCAUAUGUUUGGUGGAAAUGUACCUGUUAGUGCACUCACCCUAACAGACAAUGAGCUCAUAUCUCAUGCUUAGUAGAUUUCAGGUUUUUACUUUUUAGAUGGAAGAAACAAAGCAUAGGUUCACAAAUGGAAGUAUAUGAAGUCUUGACAGUGUAUAUUUGGUAAAUUGAAAGUGUUCCAGAAUAUGGCAGUUUUGCAGUCAAGUGAACAUCGCUUCAUAGUAGCGAUUCAGUUGCUGAAGUUUAUAAAAUUGCCCCUUUAUAGCUGCCCUGUUAGGAAUUCUGGUUUUUUGAUACCCUUUUAUUGUCUGCAAACCAGAAUUUGAUUUUUUGGUCUUGCAUUUCAAAAGACUUUGAAUCUGUUUAGUAGAUUCCAUACCUGUGCAUUUCAGUGUUUGAUAUGUACUACUUAAGUUAAAUAGUUGAAAGCCUUUAAAUAGUUGAGCUUUUUAAUGUUGACACUUUAUUUUGUACCUAUUUAUAUAUGUAUGUAUAUCUUAGAAAAGCACUUUGUUAUAAAAUUGCAUUUUAUAUGAUUCCUGCCAUUUGCUGCUAAACCUGGGCUGGUCAGAACGCUGCAGCGAUACUUGAUCUAAAUAAAACCUGGCAGUAAAAUGUAGAGUGCAAGUUAAAUCCUCUUGCUGUUUAAGAUGACAUAGGCAAGCUGUGCAGCUUUACAUUUUAACCAGGGGACUCUGUGGCAUUUAAAACCGUCUAGAAAUGGUUGUACUUUUAAUGCCAGUAAUGAUCUGCUUCCUCUAUUGUUGUUAAAAUACCUACACCUAGUGUAUCACAGACAGUUCUCAUGAGUACGUAAAAUCCCCAGCAGUUGUACAUGUUCUGUUUUUUAAAAUCGUGGCAUGUAUUUUUGGGUGGAAAUCAUUAGAGUGAGAGCUGUCUAAAAGUUUUCUGUGUUCAUACAUGGUAUACAGAUAGCUCAUGAAGUCCAGAACCUUCCCGUAAGUGAAGGCAUUGUGAAUUCUCCUCAGAUAAACCCAUUGUUCCAAAAGCAACCAUAAACUGACUCUAGUACUACUACAGUAAAAAAGUAACAACGAACCUUCUGCUUCCUGGUUUCAGAUACACUGGAUUCUUUAGUCUGUGCCCACAUGCGAGCACGCUGCCGGGCUGCUCCUGUUCAGGUCGUGUGUGAGUUUUCUGUCAGUGUGGUUGCCUGCUGUGCUGUACCAUGUGUGGGUUCUUGUCCUUUCCGCGUCUUUCAUGAGAGAUUUGGGUGUGGCUUGAUCUUGUGCCUUACUUGUACACUUAAAUGAAACAUCUUCAUUCCCUCCUGCUUCCCAAACCUUAACUUUGUCCUUCUUGUAAGAGAAUCAGAACUAUUCCAGAAGCAUCAUGAAGGAUUUCAGAUGGGCGUGGUUCCAUAGUUCCCGCUCUUUGUAGUUAUUUUAUACUUGUAUGAGAGACCACUUUUGAAUGAUCUUUGAAUAAUCUUGCUACAUCCCUUCUCUGGCUUUUGUGAAGUUGUCAUGCGUCUCUCUGAUGCUUGACUUCAUUUGCUUCUUAGCAAGAGUCUGCAUUACAGAAAGGUGUGUUCAUUUCAUCUGCUUGAAAGUGACUAUUUUGUUUUCCAGAACUUUUUGGGAGAAGAGUACCCAUUUUGUUUGUUUUUUAAAACAGAUGACAAGUCUCUUUAAAAGAAACAGAAGUACAGUACUUUUGAAAUACAAUGCUAUUGGUAUGAAUUUCUCUUUUAUAUACAAUAUUCAUACAAUUAUCUGAUGUUUGCCUUCAUUAAUAAAGCUGUUAGUUUAUUCACCAAAAUGUCAAGAAUGGAUGUGCUUUUCUUUAUUCCAUACAUUUAAAUAAUACUGUAGCUGCUAAGAUUUAGUUAACUUCCUAAGAAAUUAAUUCAAGUUGCCUUCAGCAAGAAUUAAAAAAACUCAUGUUCCUUUUCUUUAUAUAGUCUUCCUAAAACUCUGUUCAUCUACUUUCUAAUUAAUUAUGUGACAGAAUGUUAGCAUCUCUCCACAUCUUGAAACUUGAAUUUUGAGAAUGCAUUGAAUUUCAGUGUUAAUGGAAAAGGUCUCAACUAUGUUUCUAGUGGAGUCUUUUGUGGAAUACCAUUUCCCAUGGAACUGCGACCACUUGCACAACUUUGCACAGAACUGCAGUCUUGUUCUUCCCUGGAUCGUGACAAAUGAGUCUCACACAGUGCCGUAAUACUUGUGGAUUCUUUCGUGAUCUUUGUCAUCUUAAUAAGGGCAUUAUGAGAAGAUGACUUCAUGGUUUUUGUUUUUGUCUUUUUUAAUAUUUCAAAUACAGUGGGAUGUAACAAUGAAUGUCAGCUGUAGGGAUGGUGGUUUCGUUUUAAGGAAUAAGCAUGUUGGGGGAAUGUGAUGAAAAUGUACUACUGAGAGUUCCACACUUCCAUAGGCAGGUGGGAUUAUGUGUUGAAGCAUAGUCCCCGUGCUUAGUAAACAGAAAUAGAAAUGACACCUAGGAACUGCACUAUGCCAAAUUGCCAUUUUGUUUUCAAGAGACUUUUGGAGGUGGUAACAAGGUAACAGAACCUCAAAGCUACUUCCAGAUAGUAUUUUGGAAUGGAAGAGUCAGUGGCUAGUGAAGAGCACCCAGGUUUGUCUCCGUGUGCCAAGUGGGAACCGGGCUUGCCUCUUCCAUGACAGUGUAAACACCUGCUGAAGUUGACUCAGUUCCGGGUGCCGGGAGUGGGACUGAUUCUGUGUCUUGCCCUUUGCCCUUUGUUUUUCCAGAACUUAAUAACAAAACUGUGUAUGUGUACUGUAUCAGCCUUCCCACCACAUGUUUGAUGACACUGUACUCCAUUGCCUGCUAUUGUCUUCUUGCCCUAGAGUCUGUCCUAUAGCGUAGCAUUUGUGGUUCAGUGACUCCGGAGCUGCCAACACAGAAGGGCAAGAAUACCAAGUGUUUGUGCCUAUGGUUUGGCAGCCUCUUCAAAUAGUUGCGCUUAGGAUCCUGUCUGUGAUAUGAUCAUAAAUACUCCGUAGUUUUGUUUAUUCCCCACCCCCAGCUGGAGCUGUGACACUUUAUUGGAUUCAGUCUUGUCUCUUGUCUAGAAAGAAUUGUAUCUUGUUCACGCAUGAGCUGUUUAAAAAUGAUUCAACGUUGGUUAAUAGUCGUGCAGUUUUCCUUUCAGGAGAAGGCCAUGCACAAGUCGCUUUGUUUUCUGUCACCCUCUAACCUGUCAGCACUUGUAGUCAGACACAGAAUCAUCAGUGUAUGCAGCACCCUUUGUAAUUUAAAAUAAAAAAUAUGAAAAGAAAAGG